CCAAAGGAGUUGUAGAGUGAUUCAUAUAUCAAGCAUUACAUUUUAAACUGAAAACGUUCUUAAUUCCUGGAUUCAAAAGUAAUGGCCGGUUUGAUAGACAAAGCGAAGAAUUUCGUGGCAGAGAAGGUGGUUAACAUGGAGAAACCAGAGGCUAGCAUCACAGACGUGGAUAUGAAGAAAGUGAGCAUGGACAGCAUUUCAUAUCAUGCUAAGGUGGCAGUGAAGAACCCUUACUCCGUUCCCGUACCUAUCAUGCAGAUCUCUUACACCCUUAAAUGCUCCGGCAGGGUUAUAGUAUCAGGAACAAUUCCAGACCCAGGGAAUAUAAAGGCAGAUGAUACAACCAUGUUAGAUGUGCCAGUGAAAGUUCCUCACAGUGUGCUAGUUAGCUUGGCUAAGGAUAUUGGCGCAGAUUGGGACAUUGACUAUACAUUGGAAUUGGGUCUCACCAUUGACCUUCCAGUCAUUGGCAACUUCACCAUUCCCCUUUCUCAUAGUGGCGAGAUCAAGCUUCCAACACUGUCCGAUUUAUGGAAGGGUGGAAAAGAAGAGGAGAAAGAAGAUACUGAAAAGGUUAAAGAGAUAUGAAGUACGUAGUAGCAUCGGUAUCUAAUCUGUAAUUUCAUGUGUGUUUUUUUCUACUUCAAAAGUUCUACAUAAAGUUUGUAUCUUGUUUCAGAAUCCAAAGCAUUAGAAUUAAGUUUGAUGCGAA